AUGGAGGAACAUGAAGAUGACCAAUACUGUUUUCAAGACAGAAACUCUUCUUGCAGAAAGACUUCAAUGUCAACAUUUAUUUACAUAACACUGUACACCUUCUUCUCAUUAAUCUCAGUUGUGACAGUAUUUUUAAACCUACUGGUGAUCAUCUCCAUCUCUCACUUCAAGCAGCUCCACACUCCAACCAACCUGCUCAUCCUCUCUCUAGCUGUGUCAGAUCUGCUGGUGGGACUCAUUGUGAUACCAGCAAUGACUGUAGCAAUAUUGGAACCAUGCUGGGUUCUUGGGGAAUAUUUCUGUGUGUUGUUUCUCUUUGCCAGUUUUUCAUGUACAUCUUUAUCCCUUGGUAAUUUAAUUUUGAUAUCUAUUGACCGUUAUGUUGCUGUGUGUGAUCCCUUAAUGUACCACUCAAAAAUAACAACUUCAAGAAUUAGGUGUUGUAUAGCCCUUACCUGGUGUUGUUGUAUCAUAUAUAAUGUUGUUCUUAUGAAAGUGCUUGUUAAUGUACAGGUACCCAGUAGAUGUUUUGAAGAAUGUUAUUUUUCUGAAGGAUUUAUCUCAGGCAUCAUUAUGGACCUUGUUAUUUCAUUGGUUGCCCCAUGUUCCAUUAUCAUAACACUAUAUUUGAAAAUAUUUGUGGUGGCCAGAUCACAUGCCAGAAAGUUAUAUUCAAACGAGGCUGCCAGUGGUGUUAAAACAGUACAGGCAAAUAAGUCGGAGAGAAAAGCAACAAAAACUCUAGUCAUUAUUGUUUUCAACUAUCUAAUUUGCUGGAUUCCCAUGUAUUUUUUACAGUUAAUUUAUGAUGCAAGUAAUGACUCUUCCUCAGCUUUCAUAUGUUUUCCGCUACUUUUCAAUUCUCUUGUAAAUCCAAUAAUCUAUGCUCUCUUUUAUCCGUGGUUCAAGGUGACAGCUAAACGUAUUUUAACUUUGAAGUUGAGGCUUUAUACUCCCUAA